GGGCAGACUCCACCCGGCUCACGCCGCUGUUUGAGGGCCCACGCAGCGUGUCAGACGUGUGUGUGUGUGUGUUGUUUUUGUGUGUCUCUUAAGCCGUCUCACACCGGGAACGUUGGACCAUGGCCUCCGACGGCCCUCGGUAAAUACUGCGCCUUGAUAUGAAGGCAGUUUGUGGGGCAGAGUAGCAGAAAGUAGGGAGCCGGGUUGUCACAGGCGCGCUGCCGUCUCCCCUCGCGAGUUAACUGUCAAGUCGGCUCAAUACGUCUGUCUCUAUUAUGUUUUGUGUCUCUCUAUUAAAGCGGCUGUGAGGCAGCGUGUCAGCAGAAUAAUUGCUUAGAGAGUAGAAACAAAACGUAAGUCGUGUUUCCGGGGGGGGGGGGCUUUCUCCGCCCUUCGGUCUGACCGCGGCUUUCUUCGACGCCGGCAGAAAACUUGCCGCUGCCGGGAUGCUGAGGUGCUCCAGUGUGCUGGCUCGCUCGGAGGGCCGCGCGCUCGCUGCGUUUCACACUCAUUAGUGCGUGAAAUCAAAGCGAAUGGGCGGCAGGGGUGAGAAGAAGUUUUUCAUGGCGGGGGAACGCUGCCCUCGCACACGCGUGACCUUACGGGGGUCGUCGGUGGCUGUGGUGUGGUUUCUUUUGUUCGGGACCCCUCUGUCACCUGCCGCUGACACGGAUGCUUUCAUCAGAGCUUAUUUCACUGCCGAACCCACUCCCCCCCUCCCCUCCACCCAGGCAGGCACUUUAUCUCGACUUGGCCGCAGCCUCAGGAGAGAGAGCAACAAGCGGAGGAGGGGGGGGGGGCUGCCUUUUGAAGCCUGCUGGCUCUCGCUUCUUUCUGUUGUCUUGGUAUGUUUUUGGAGGGGGAGUGACACAGAUACGCGGGAUGUUUCACUCCCCUCAGCUCGCCGGAGUUCAUCCAAAGUUCGGCUGAGCCGCGCGUACGAGGUAACUUGGACCUCUUCCUGCCUGCGCAGCCCGUCUCCUUCCCUUUCAGCUGUGCUCAGCAUCCGCGGCGCCCAGGAGGAGGAGCCCCCGGACCCCCAGCUCAUGCGCCUGGACAACAUGCUGCUGGCAGAGGGCGUGUCCGGGCCAGAGAAAGGCGGGGGCUCGGCGGCGGCGGCGGCUGCAGCGGCCGCCUCGGGAGGGGUUGGUGCCGACAACUCAGCGGAGCACUCAGACUACAGGGCCAAGCUGUCCCAGAUCAGACAGAUCUACCACACGGAGCUGGAGAAGUAUGAGCAGGCCUGUAACGAGUUCACCACCCAUGUGAUGAACCUGUUGCGGGAGCAGUCGCGCACACGGCCCAUCUCGCCCAAAGAGAUCGAGCGCAUGGUGAGCAUCAUCCACCGCAAGUUCAGCUCCAUCCAGAUGCAGCUCAAGCAGAGCACCUGCGAGGCCGUCAUGAUCCUGCGCUCCCGCUUCCUCGAUGCCAGGCGGAAAAGACGAAACUUCAACAAGCAGGCGACAGAGAUCCUGAAUGAGUAUUUCUACUCGCACCUCAGUAACCCCUACCCCAGCGAGGAGGCCAAAGAGGAGCUGGCUAAGAAGUGUGCCAUCACGGUGGCCCAGGUUUCCAACUGGUUUGGGAAUAAAAGAAUCAGAUACAAGAAAAACAUUGGUAAGUUCCAAGAAGAAGCCAACAUGUAUGCCGCGAGAACUGCCGUGAAUGCGGCUAAUGCAUCCUCACAUGGGAGCCAAGCAAAUUCACCCUCCACUCCAAACUCUGCAGGUUCUGCUGGCUCUUUUAACAUGUCAAACUCCGGGGACUUGUUCAUGAGCGUGCAGUCUCUCAAUGGGGACUCAUACCAGGGGGCUCAGGUGGGAGCCAACGUGCAGUCGCAGGUGGAUACCCUUCGCCAUGUUAUCAGUCAGACAGGCGGAUACAGUGAAGGACUCACAGCCAACCAGAUGUACAGUCCGCAGGGCAUCAAUGCAAACGGUGGCUGGCCCGAUGCUCCCACCCCCUCAUCAGUGACUUCACCCACAGAAGGACCCGGAAGUGUUCACUCUGACACCUCCAACUGAUCCUCCACCCCCUCCCUCCUCCGUUCUCUGACUCCCGCCUCCACUGCCCCUCCAGUCUUCUUCCCCCCAAAAUUGAAAUCCGGAUCCAUCCUGCAGGACUGGAUGUGACUCGAGGCAGUUGGGGUCUGGGGACAAUGCUUCCACCAUUAAGGACAAAAAUCUUUUUUCUUUUUUCUUUUCUUUUCUUUUCUGUCUGGACCUCCACAGCAGCUCUCCCAGCCUGCAGCGGGGACUCCUGUCUGGACUUCACAGUUUGUAUAGGUUCCACUCCAUGUCCAAGUUGCCUCUUUGUAUUUGACUUUCUAUGAUGAAUUCAUUCUGUACGCUCACAGUCAGCAGCAUCAAGCCCGACGUCUGCUUACAUAAAACACACCCACACUACCUCUGAUUUCAACUCCAACACAGCAAAUGUUUAACAUCCUUCUGCUUUAAGGUCAUUUAGAACAAUAGCAGCUCAUUUCAGGUUCCUGUAGUCCCAUUUUUCUUUAUCUGGUGCCAAAGUUCAGCCCUGGAGGGAAAUUUGGGUUCGCUUUUGUGUCCUAACUCAAUUCCAGCCAUUCUUCUACUACAGCAUAGUUUAAGUGUCUUGCAAAAGGAUUCAUUUCCCUGAACUUUUCCACAUUUUCUCUGGUUACAACCACAAACUUUGGUGUCAUUUUUAGAUGGAUUUUAUUUUAUUGACACAAUCUUUAAUGGUGCAUAACUAGCAAGAGGUUGAAGAAUGUAUGAAGUUAUUUUACAAAUAAAACUACUGCAAACUUUCUACUAAUAAAAACUGUAAAGUGUGUUUUUGUAUCCACCCCCCAUGAGUCAAUACGUUGUAGAAGCCCGUUUUACUGUAAAUAUCUGCAAGUAUUUUGGUUUCUUCCUCCACCGGCUUUGCUCACUUUGGCCCGUUCCUCUCAAACGGGCUCAGAAUAGCUCAGCUCAGCAUCAGCUGGACUGGAUGGAGAGCAUCUGUGAUGCUGCCUUCACGACCUGACACUAAUUCUCCUCCAGUCUAGACUUUGACUAGGCCAUUCUAACACCUGAAUUUGAUGAUCUAAACAAUCCUGUUGUAGCCCUGGCUGGAUGUUUAGGGUCAUUGUCCUGCAGGAAGGCGAUCCUCUGCCCCCGUUUCAAUUUUGUUUUAUAAAAAAAUUAAAUAUCUAACACAUUUUCCUCCCUGCUUAAAAAAGCAUCCCCACAGCAUGAUGCUUCCACCCCCAUGUUUCACCAUGGGUUUGAUGUUUGUGGUUGUAAAAUGACAACAUGUGAGAAAGUUCCAGGGUUCUAAAUAGUUUUGGAAGGCACUGUUUGCUGGGUCAUGUAGUAAAAUGAAAAGUAUUCAGGCCUAAACUAAAGUGAUCCAGAAGUACCAGCGUGAAUUAAAGGAUUCAAAUGAGCGGUUUGUAAAUCAUGCACACGUUGGCUGGCGUUUACAAUAGACCCAGGAGAAAAAGUCUCAGAAGCUACACAGUGACAAGGAUGGGUAGAGCAGGUCAACAUGAAAUAAAGCACAAUGAGGCCUGCUGAUAGGGAGAGAACAUAACCAUUAAAGUCCUACCCACCACUACCUGUUCAGAGACUGAAUGGAAGCAUAUCAGGCCAAAUACUGCUGCCAACCAAAUCUGAGUGUCAUACUGUUGGGGGUGGGGGGUGGAAAGUAUAGACACGUCUUAUGGAACAUCACACUGAGUACAGCAUACACUGGACAGGUUUACUGCCGCAUCGAGAGAAAAACAAAGGUUUCUCCACACUCUGGGCUGAGAAUCCAGAGAAAAGCCUCACUUCAAAACAAAUGAGGGCCGUUUGGCACAUGUGAAGCUUGUUCUCUGUUCUUAAAGAGAUACUACACUUAUCAGCAAGAAUGGAUCCAAAAUGUGAGCAUCCCUUUGUGCCCCACCACAGGAACAUGAAUAUGCUGUACUUUGAUACCAAAAAGCUUUGAAUAUUAACGCUGGGAUCAGCUUUAGAAGAAUUGGAUCCUCUAAGCGAGGGUCUCCUGAUGCUCCUGGACUCUGUAUUUAAAGCCAAAUAUGAGCUGUGUGAAUACAGAAGGCUUUGUAGGAAUCCAAAAAGAAGCGGCGACCCUGCCGGCGCACGCAGUUGUUCUGUCUCCACUCUGUGAAUAAACCAUCUGCAUCUCUUUCAUUUGUUAUCGCCUCAGCCACCACUGUAUGUGAUUUAGCCCAAGAAUUCUCUGUAUACAGUAUGUAGAUAUGCACCUUUACUCUUCUUUCACAUCUCUGGAAUUGGAUGGUAGCUGUUUUUUUUUUUUUUCUUGUUUUGUACUCAGACCACAGACUGAAGCCUGCCGUCCUGAGGAUGUUUCUAGCAGAGACCUUUGCUUUUAGCCCAACAGAACUUUAACAGGGAACUGAAUUCAGUCCCCACAAGUCACGAAACUGCCUGAAAACCACGUUUUGAUUAUUUUCUAAAGAUGUCAGCGUGUUGGUAUUUAUUACACUUUUGAAAUCAUGGACUUCAGAGCUCCAGCGUUGCUGUGGUAACACCAAAUAAGCCCCCCCACCCACCCAGCCCACCUCGACUCACCUGCUCAGUGUUAGAGCCGAGGGGCCGUGCAGCGUUCAAGAACCUGCAUCACUCAUGUCUUCAGAAGGCAUCGGACAGAACUGACAGCGCCGGCUGGCCAUGCAAGGAAAACACAAGAAUUGUUUAUUUCUUCUUUCAAAGAAGCCGCAACACUUCUCCUCACGUUUGCCUGUCAACUAGUACUGAAGCUUCAUGUGAUGAUGCUUUUUGAGUUUGGGGAUAUAAAACGGAAAGAGACACGGGAGGAGAAAAGGAACGAUUUGUAAAACAUGAAAUGUUUUAUUUGUUGCAUGUCUUUUAGUUCUUCAAUAAAAUAACGUACUGCAGUGUUUUGAAUGUGACCGUCUUUUUUUAUAAGGAUUUCAGAGUGAAAUCGUGGAACCUUUUUCCUGACAGGUUUUAACUUUUAAGAUCUCUGAUUAUGUAAAAAAAAAAAAAAAAAUGAAGGAUCAAAUGGGGAAAUAGUGUCUUUUUAAUUACUAAUCAAACCAUGUUGUCUGUGGAGAACAUUAGCUGGAAGGUGUUGGUUUUCUGGUCUGUUUGUAUGGGCAAUGCGGAUCCCAAACAAAUAAAUUUGGGCUUUUUUGUUCUUCUUGCGUA